AUGAACCACUUUAUUGACCAGUUGACAAACAACGGCGAGCUCGACACAGAGUUCAGCACGGCAGUGGACACCACAGGGCACGGGCUGCAGUUUGAGCUGGCUGGAGUGGAUAACCCAGCGGCGUUCACGCAAAAGUUCACUGAUGUGAAGUCUGAGAAUGACGCUCGCAUUAAAAUUGCGCACGGAACCACGACACUGGCGUUCAAGUUCAAGGAGGGCGUGAUGAUUGCGACGGAUUCGCGGGCGACGGCGGGCAACGUUAUUGCGUCGCAGUCGGUGAAGAAGGUCAUCGAAAUCAACCCGUACCUGCUGGGCACGAUGGCAGGCGGAGCAGCGGACUGCUCGUUCUGGGAGCGCGUGCUGGGGAUGGAGUGCCGGCUGUAUGAGCUGCGCAACAAGAAGCGGAUCUCGGUUGCGGCGGCGUCGAAGCUGCUGGCAAACCUGGUGUACCGGUACAAGGGCAUGGGGCUGUCUAUGGGGACCAUGGUUGCUGGCUGGGACGAGAAGGGCCCGGGGCUGUACUAUGUGGACUCUGAGGGCCAGCGGGUAGCCAACGAUCUGUUCUCGGUUGGAUCCGGGUCGACGUUUGCCUACGGCGUGCUGGACUCAAAGUACAGGUAUGACAUGUCGGUCGACGAGGCCAAGGAUCUGGCCCGUCGCGCCAUCUACCAUGCGACACACCGCGAUGCGUUUUCGGGAGGUGUUGUGCGCAUGUACUGGGUCAACGAGAACGGCUGGGUUCCGUACCCGCUCGAGGACGUUGGCGAGCUGUACUACCAGUUCCAUCCCGAGAUCCAGCUCACGAACGCGGCCGAUGCACCGCUAGCUCUGGCCUCUGCCUGA